GCGGCGCUGCUCUCGAUGCCAAAGGGCCGCUACCAACAUCUGAAGCGACUGCUACCGUUGCUGGCCAACCAAAGCGAGGACUGUCUGACGCUCAACAUUUACGUUCCCGGAAGUGGAAGCCGCGGGCUCGAGGCACCUUACUCGAUCUUCUUCUACAUCCACGGCGAAGCGUACGACUGGGGUUCUGGCAACCCGUACGACGGCUCGGUGCUGGCCAGCUACGGGCACGUCAUAGUUGUUACAGUCAAUUUUCGUUUAGGAAUACUCGGUUUUCUAAAAACUCGUGCCUCACUGUCACCCGGUUCCGGUGGUAAUCUAGGAUUGAUGGACAUCAUUCUGGCCCUGCACUGGGUUCGCGACAACAUCGGCUCGUUCGGUGGCGACCCCAAGCGCAUCACUCUCGUUGGCCACGAUACGGGUGCCGCACUCGCUAACCUCGUUCUUAUCUCGAAAGCAGGCAAGGGACUCGUGCACCGUGCGAUCCUUUUGAGCGGUUCAGCUCUCAGCCCGUGGGCACUCAUCCCGGAUCCGGACGCCGUUCGGCUCGAAGUGUCCCAGCAGAUGGCGUGUCAUCUCGUGCCGGGUCGGAAUGGCCGCAAACCAUCCACCGAUGACGUCACCGACUGCCUGCGGGACAAGCCGAUUGAGGCGCUGAUGGGCGUGCGGCUGGCCAGCGUCCGGUUCAUGCCAACGUGGGGUCCUUUCUUGCCGUUGGAGGACUCGCUUGAUCCAGAGUUCGCGAUGGAACACUCAGGCGAGGGUUUCAUCACGAGUGAGCUGAUGCUGGGCGUAACCACCACCGAGAGCUAUGGUGACUUUAGCGCGUCUGACAUUCAGUAUGGGCUCGAGGAGGACCAGCGGAACCGGCUGCUGCGGACGUACAUCCGGAACGCGUUCACCUUUCACCUGAACGAGAUAUUUUCCGCCGUCCGGAACGAGUACACCGACUGGGACAAGCCGAUCCAGCAUCCGAUCAACAUCAGAGAUUCAACUAUGGAAGCCCUCAGCGAUGGUCACACGGUGGCGCCCAUCAUAAAGGUGGCCUAUCUGCAUGCGAGGCGUGGCGCGAAAACGUACAUGUUUCACUUCGGAUACCAGAGCAAGGAGAGCGAAUAUCCACAGCGACUGGGCAGCGUCCGGGGCGAGGAUCUGCCGUACAUCUUCGGGCUACCGCUGGUGCAGGGUGGACCCGUUUUCCCUCAAAACUACUCGCGCCAGGAUAUGGGCGUCAACGAAGCCGUGCUCAACUUCGUGACCAACUUCUGCAAAACGGGCGACCCGAACGACGCCGGCCACCAGCAGGCCCAACCGCUUCAUCCGGACUACGGCACAGCGAAGGAGCGCACCCGCUUCCGGUUGAUCACGUGGGAAACGUACGAAACGACCACGCAGCAGUAUCUCAGCAUCUCGACGAAGCCGAAAAUGCGCAGCCACUACCGGGGGCACAAGAUGGCACUCUGGUUGAACCUGAUACCGCAGCUGCACCGGCCAGGCGAUCCGGAAGUUUCCAUGCGACACCACCACUUCCGCGAACGGGAACCGCACUACUAUGCCGGUUCGGUGCGAGCAGAAUCCUUCAGCCGGCCACGAUCGCUCUACCAGAACGGAGUCAUCAAUGACGCGCAGGAAUCACGCCAAGAGUCCUUCGGUACGGAAUGCACACCUGACCCGACGAUGGGUGAAGUACUGCAGGAAAACGGUGGCCCAGGUGACAUUAUCCCGAACGUGUUGAGUGAGAAGGAAGAAGAGGAGCUGAUCGAGAAGCUCGCCAACCGUCAUUACUAUAGUUACACGGCCGCCCUCGGAGUAACGGUUGGUGUUGGUUGCCUGCUGCUUCUCCUCAAUAUGCUGAUCUUCGCUGGCAUCUACUACCAGCGUGAUCGAACGAAGCGGAAAUCGCAGACCUCGCAGUCAAGUGGUACAAGCGGUGGAAGUGGCAUCACGAGUGGCACCUCAGCGUCCCUUUCCGGCAGCAACGGCACACCUGAUGAAUCGGAAAUCCCGCUCACCAGCAUCCCAACACCAUCACCCACCAAAUCGCGACGCUCGAUCGAACCACCACCCAGCUACGCGACACUUCCGAAGCGCACCGGAAGUGCCAACGGCACCGGAAGUGGCCACCAGCACCAUCAUCAGCACCAGCUGCAUCAGCAGAAGGAAACACGCCUCGGUUCUCCACCAUCGAUGGCACACUCCCGAUCAGGAGCUAGCACCCUGGGGCGAACAGGCAGCUUCUACGACGGUGGCUCCCACAGCCGCCCACCGCAGCCAUAUUCGCUGUCGCAACAGGUGAUCGCAACCCACACAAACACCGGUCACACGGCAGUGACAAUAACGCCAGCGGUCUCCGUCAACCAUCAUCAGACGCUUCCACGGGCCAGCAAGGCACCGCUUCCACCGAUUCGGUCAGCGGCCAGUUCCGGCAGCACCGCUCCACCACCGUCCACCGGUGCGCCUCAGCUCACGUCCAUCCUUGUAAAUAGCACCAGCAACCACCAACAACAGCAGCAGCAGCAGCAACAGCACCACUAUCAACAACAAGGCUGCGAAAUGGCCGUCCCGCCACCAAACAGCAGCGUCAUCACGGUGGAUCUGGUCAGCUCGACGACGCCGGUAACCGGCACCGGAAGUCCGGCUCCCACCCACCAACACCCGCACCACCAUCAUCACCAUCAUCACGCACACCACCACCAGGGUGGGCCGGUGGCAACGACAGGGACAACGACGAGCACCGGCAACCCGUCCACCGGUGGAACUGCUACGCUGAAGAAACGCGUCCAAAUCCAGGAGGUGACCGUAUAG